CAGCAAAGUGGAUUCAAUCCCCAAUAACCACCCUCUGAUUCGCCCACUCGUAACAAACCCAUCUCUUCUCCUCCCUCACCAAAACGUAAACUCAAAAGUUCGCCAAGGAUUAUAAUUAACAACCAAAAAAUGUUCUCUCACGAAAAUGAAUACGAGAUAAAUACACAUUCCUCUACCGCGCACUCUCAUGCCGAUUUUCCGUGGUACCCCUUGCAGACUCGUAUUCAAGAUGUCAUCGCCCCAGGCAGACUCAUAAUCGUCGGUGACGUACACGGCCGUCUGCCCGAACUGAAGAAAUUAGUGGAAAAAGUCGCGUAUAGCAAGCCCAAUGGCGACAAACUUAUUCUCGUCGGGGACUUGAUCAACAAGGGUCCUGAUAGUCCGGGUGUUGUCCAGUUGGCGAUGGAGCUUGGGGCGAGUGCGAUAAGAGGGAAUAAUGAAGACAGGGUGCUUGCUGCGCAUUCUGCUAUCAAAAGGGGGGAGGAUACGAAGCUUGUUGAGCGGUUGAAGAGGCUGGCGCUUGAAGCGGAAAAGGAGAAAGACAAGAAGGAUGGCGAACCGGCCCCAUCCGAGACGAAGGACGAUUUGAAGUCAAUAUCACCAGAGGACCUCAAACCUUACAGUUCGGAAAGCGACUUUACAACUGCCGCCAACCUUAGCGAUGAGCAAAUUUCCUGGUUAGCCUCACAACCGCUAGUUCUACGGAUCAAACUACGAAAGGGAGCAACAUCACCGCCCUGGAACUCUGGGACUCUGCUUGUCGCGCACGGCGGUCUAGUUCCCUUACUUCCACUGGAAGAACAAGAUUUAUGGGCUGUCAUGAACAUGCGAGGACUGGUAUAUCCAGACCCAGAGGCUACUGUCACCGAACCCAUUCGAGCAGGUCUACUCAAGGGAGCCAAGAGUCGGACACGACGCUAUGCUGCAUGUGGCGAUGUCAAUGAUGCUGAUAUAAAGACCGAGCUAUCAAAAUGGGCAGAUAUUGUUAAUAACGGCGAAGGCUUCAGUGGUCAGUACAAAGAGGGUGUUAUUGGAUUUCCUCUCGAAACCCGAGAAGGCGAUUGGUGGAUUGAUGCUUGGAAUCGAUGGCAGAACUCGAUUGGGGAUCCUGAGAAGCGAAGUAUCGUCGUUUAUGGCCAUGAUGCAAGAGUUGGAAUACAAGUUGGCGCAGACUCGCCCGAGGUUGCAAGAUACACCUUUGGUCUGGACUCUGGCUGUGUAUAUGGGAAGAGCUUAACGGCUAUGAUCAUUGAUGAGAAGGAGGAUGGUAAGGGACUGUCGCAUUCGAUAGUCCAGGUUGAUGCGAUCAAGAAGGGUGAAGGAAAAGAAGGAGAGGCGGUCUGAUAUCCCUAACCAAUUCAUCAGCUUGUAGAGGAGGAUGCGAUGAGGGCUACAGAUCAUCAUCGUUGACUGCUGCUAUUCCUAUCCAAAAUCUCAGACUUCGCUACGUCAUACUCUGGCGCGAGUCAAAUCAUACAAAUGUGACAUACUAUUCGCCUUU